AUGGCAAGAAUGCAGUGGGCAAAAGGGGGAGGGGCGGGAGGAGGUCCGGGGGGGAGCAGCGCCCUCACCACCCCAUGGGCGGCAAUCAUCCUCUGUUUUCCCCCAAGGUGGAAGCAGGGGGAGGGGGCGAGGGAUGGGGGGCAUAUGAGAGGAGCAUCUGGAGGUAAAAUGCUACAAGGGGGAGGGGGGGGGGGCAGGGGGGGCAUUAUGAGCAGGAGGAGGGGUACAGAGGGGCUGGGGGAGGAGGGCAUGGGAGUGGAAAAAGGAGGAGGCAGGGGCAAGCGCAUGGGGGAGGAGGGGAGCAUGGGGGUAGUGGAGGGGGGAGUGGAGGCGAAGGGGUGGGAAUGGAUUAGUCUGUUACUGCUCGCCCCUCCAAUCCCUCUGCCCCAUCCCCUCCUCAUCCCCUCCUGUCCCUUCAUCUCAUCUGUUUUCCUUUCCCCAUUCUUCCCAUCACCCAUCCCUCUACUCUCAUCCCCUCCCCUUCACCCAUCUUUUCCGCAUUCCCUCAUCCACUCCCGUCCCCCCAUCCCUUCCCCGUCUCCCAAAUCCUUCCUAGAGUGGAGGGCGACGCAACAGGCAGCAGCAGAGCGCUGCAAUAUCCACCAGGGGCUGGGUAUGCGGAUGUGCAGUGCAACCUCUCAUCCCUUACUUUGCUUCCCUCCUUUCCCUUCCUCCCUUCUCCCCCCUUCACUCCGCUACCCCACUCCCUCCCCACCCCCGCUCUUCCCACACCUCCCUCCAUUCAUCCAGAGGGGGUACGUGGAUGUGGAUGCGCCGUACAACCGCCCGUCAUACGCCAUGCCUCACCCCACCCCACCGCACCGCACCCACCGUACACCCAUAUAG